AUGGAGCGUGAUGGGAUGUUGUAUAAAGUUGAAGUGAGGUUGCUGGGGAAGAGAAAUGUUAGGAUCGUGGGAAGGAGGAAGGUGUCAUCUAGGGGUGGGAUGCUGAGAGUUGUGCGGAGGGAUCAGGAGGGGUAUGGCGUCGGGUAGGAGGUGGUGGGAUGUGGCGGAGGUUAGGGAGCAGGAGGGUGGGGGUGUCUAGCGGGGGGAGAGGGGGGACGGUGUGUGCUGGUGAGGUGGGGUUGGGGGUUAUGGGGUGGGAGGAAGGGGGGGGGUUGUUGGGUAUUCGGGGUAAGGGUAGGGGUUGGGGGGGAGAGGGUGGGUGGGGGGAAGUUGAGGGGGGGGAGAGGUUGAUAAGAUAUAUAUGUGUCACAAGGUGGGAACGGGUGGAUAAUAUGGAGGGUGUAGGGGGGGAGGAGGGGGGGGGGGUAAAGGUGUGGGGCGCAUGGGGGGGAGGGUAGGUAGGGGGUGAGUUGUCGAUGGAGAUGUAGGGAUGGUGAGAAUGGGGGAAAUGGGGGGAAUAAAAGUUGGGAGCUUGUUUGGUAGGGGGGGGUAAUGGGAGAGAGGAGAUGAAUGUGGUGGGAGGGGGGGGAAUAGGGGGGAUGGGGGGUAAAGGUAGGAUGGGGAGAGUAGAGAGUGGGGGGGGUAUUGGUGUGGGAUGUAGAGAUGGUGUUCGUUGUAAGAUAGGAGGUAGGUGGUGUGUAGAAGGGUCAAGGUUGGGGUUGUUAUAAGUGGAGCGGAGGGGGUGGGGAGGUGUCGGGCGUUGGGAGGGUGAGUAUGGGGUUCUUUAACCUUCACUGGAGGGGUGGUUAGGGUAUGGGCUGUUGGACAGACGAAGAUGGGGGUGUUAUGGGUAGGGCUGUUGGACCGGAAGGGGAGGGGGUGGUUAGGUACGAGGAUAGGAGGGAAGGUCUGUUAGACACCAAAAACCAGAAUUUGUAAUACGUUUCUUUUUACUUUGUUUUUUCUUCUUUCUUUCUUGUCUCCUAUCACGUGCUUUUUUUCUUUACCUCUCUUUUCAACCACGGCAACCGAAACACAGUGGUUGAGCCGUGCCUGUCCAGAGAGAAACUCGGGAGAAACUUAGCAACACUUAGCAAUCAGCCAACCAGCAAAACCCAGCAUCAGUACAUACAGGCUAUUUGCUUUUGACUGCUCACACUCACUAGUUAACAAAUUCAGUCGUUCUAUGUUACUGCCACCAGCUGAAUGGGACAAAGUCAAAUGUAGAAGGCCUAUUCCUUUUAAGUUUUAUGCCUUGAAAUGUGUGAUUUUAGUGUUAUUUUUAGUAAAAAUUAUAUACUUUUUUGUUUGUUUAUAGAACAGGGGAAUUAAAAAAACUGCUUUUCCUGCGUAUCUUUCUUCUAACGAGGAGCAGGCCUUUGUCUUGAGAGGACAGUAUCUGGACGCAGGACCUUGGUCUGAGAGGACAGUAUCUGGCCCAGGACUUGUCUGAAGAGUACAUUAUCUGGACCAAGACUUGUCUGAUAGACAGUAUCUGGCCAGGACUUGUCUUAGAAGACAUAAUCGUGAGCAGGACUUGUCUGUAGGACAGGAUCUGGACCAGGACUUGUCUGAGAGGCAGUAUCUGGACCAGUCACUUGUCCCUGAGUAGGACAGUCAUCUGUACCGAGACUUUGUCUGAGGAGGACAUUAUCGGAGAUGGACUUGUCUGAGAGGACAGUAAUCUGGGAACCAGUGACUUGUCUGAGAGGACGUAUCUGGAGCAGGACUUGUCUGAGAGGACAGUAUCAUGGUACCAGGACUUGCUGAGAGGACAGUACUGGACAAGGACUUGUCUGAGAGACGUAUCUAACUGUUUAUUCCUUCGUAUUUUAAGAAUCAGCAUGAUUUAGUCCACUGAAGUGAUAUUGCUCUAAAAAUCGCUACUGAGUCAGGCCUGUGGACAUGUUUCCCAGUCCCAUCUGGCAGUCAGAUGGACGCCUGGAGUCUGCUUUCGAACCUGAGGUAAUUUCAGGUUCUUUUUACACUUGAUUCAGUUGGAAAGCAUAAUAGCACGUUAUAUAAAGCAAUUAUAUCUUCUUGCAGGCUUUAAGUACAGUGGUUUACCCUUGAAAAGUGUUUUGAUUUAUUUAUUUAAGACUCAAAUAACAAUUAAUUUGGGAAAUGUGGUAGUUAUGAUUCAAUAGCCCCUGAGUGGCGCAGCGGUCUAAGGCACUGCAUCUCAGUGCUUGCGGCGUCACUACAGACCCCCUGGUUCGAUUCCAGGCUGUAUCACAACCGGCCGUGAUUGGGAGUCCCAUAGGGCGGCGCACAAUUGGUCCGGGUUUGGCCGGUGUAGGACGUCAUUGUAAAUAAGAAUUUGUUCUUAACUGACUUGCCUAGUUAAAUAAAUAAAAAUUGACAAUACUAAUUGUUUAUUUCUACCUAGGACUACUAUCUCUGGAAGUCUCAGCCCUCCCUGCUCCGCCUAUCUAAGAGUGGUCGUCUGCUGGGCGGGGUAGAGCCAGCGCUUCCUAAAACCUACAGCACCAGACGGGGACCUCUCUUCCUGUACUACGAGGAAAUGGCCAUGACGUCAUCGGUCCUGUCAUCAUGCCCCUCAGGGUCAGAGGACAACAGGAAGAGGUGGGCCUCCCACCAUUCCAGACAGGAAGUGGAGCUCCAGCUGAACACUCUGCGGGACCUGACGGGAGCCAUACUGGCCUAUGGGAAUAAGCAGGUAGAGCUCAGCCAAUAGGAAGAGUCUGGGGCAACAAGCAGGUAGAGCUCAGCCAAUAGGAAGAGUCUGGGGCAACAAGCAGGUAGAGCUCAGCCAAUAGGAAGAGUCUGGGACAACAAGCAGGUAGAGAUCAGCCAAUAGGAAGAGUCUGGGACAACAAGCAGGUAGAGAUCAGCCAAUAGGAGACAUCUGGUGCCUGAUUCACACUGUAGGGCCAACCAGAAACAUUCUGUGCUGGCUUGGAUAAUUUUUGCGGUGGGCUGGCGGAAGGGAGGCAUGGAGGGUGGAGCUGUAUUUCUCAUUCAUGCCAAAUGGCACACUAUUCCCUACAUAGUGCACUAUGGUACAGUACCUGGGCCUGGUAAAUAAUACAGUCAUGCAUUCGCUCUCUCUCUCUCUCUCUCUCUCUCUCUCUGUCUCUGUCUGUGUCUGUGUCUCUGUCUCUCUCUCUCUCUCUCUGUCUCUCUCUCUCCCUCCCCCCUCUCUCUCUCUCUCUCUCCACCUUCACUAACAAACCAUCCCUCUCUCUCCACCUUCUGUCACGAUCGUUAGACGGAGUAGACCAAUGCGCAGCGUUAGUUGCAAACAUACUUGAACUUUAUUAUCUUGAGUGAUAAUAUAAACAACAAACGAUACGUGCAGUCCUACGGUUAACACAACCAACACGGAAACAAACCAAACGGAAACAAGAUCCCACCAACACUAAGGGAAAACAGACUGUUUAAAUAUGGUUCCCAAUCAGAGACAACCAGCAACAGCUGACACUCGUUGCCUCUGAUUGGGAACCAAUCUGGCCAACAUAGAAAUAUAACACAUAGAACUACAACACAGAACUAGAACACAUAGAAUCUACACACCCUGGCUCAACAUAGAGUCCCCAGAGCCAGGGUGUGACACCUUCACUAACAAACCAUCCCUACACUAACUCUCUCUCUCUCUCUCCUCUCUCUCUCUCUCUCUGUCUCUCUGUCUCUCUCUCUGUCUCUGUCUCUGUCUCUCUCCCUCCCCCUCUCUCUCUCUCUCCACCUUCACUAACAAACCAUCCCUCUCUCUCUCUCUCUCGCUCUCGCUCUCUCUCGCUCUCUCUUUCUCUCGCUCUCUCUUUCUCUCUCUUUCUCUCGCUCUCUCUCUCUCUCUCCCUCUUUCCACUCUCUCUCUCUCUCUCCCUCUUUCCACUCUCUCUCUCUCUCUCUCUCUCUCUCUCUCUCUCUCUCUCUCUCUCUCUCUCUCUCUGGUCUCUGUCUCUGUCUCUGUCUCUGUCUCUGUCUCUGUCUCUCUCUGUCUCUGUCUCGUCUCUGUCUCUCUCUGUCUGUGUGUCUCUCUAUCUGUCUCUGUCUGUGUGUCUCUCUAUUUGUCUCUGUCUCUCUCUCUCUCUCUAAAGUAGUUUCUUCCAUAGGGAAUACAGUGCCAUUUGGGAUGCAGCCAUAGACGGCUGCCUUAUCUACCCAGCCCAGGUGCUGCCUGCAUGGCUGGGAAAGAGAGAGAGCUCAGUCUGUGGGGGAGAUUAAUUAUGGGUGCGUCCAAAUGGCAUAGUGCAGAGGGCUCUGGUUAAGAGAUUUAUGUGUAUAUAGCUGACAGUCCUAGUGGGACAUGUUUAGAGAUAUCUGUGUGUAUAUAGCUGACGGUGCUAGUGGGACAUGUUUAGAGAUAUCUGUGUGUAUAUAGCUGACGGUCCUAGUGGGACAUGUUUAGAGAUAUCUGUGUGUAUAUAGCUGACGGUCCUAGUGGGACAUGUUUAGAGAUAUCUGUGUAUAUAUAGCUGACGGUCCUAGUGGGACAUGUUUAGAGAUAUCUGUGUGUAUAUAGCUGACGGUCCUAGUGGGACAUGUUUAGAGAUAUCUGUGUGUAUAUAGCUGACGGUGCUAGUGGGACAUGUUUAGAGAUAUCUGUGUAUAUAGCUGACGGUCCUAGUGGGACAUGUUUAGAGAUAUCUAUGUAUAUAAAGCGAGGUCCAUAAAGAAAUGGUUUGUUGAGAUCGGUGUGGAAGAACUUGACUGGCCUGCACAAAGCCCUGUCCUCAACCCCAUCGAACAGCUUUGGGAUGAAUUGGAACGCCGACUGCGAGCCAGGCCUAAUCGCCCAACAUCAGUGCCCGACGUCACUAAUGUUCUUGUGGCUGAAUGGAAGCAAGUCCCCACUGCAAUGUUCCAACAUCUAGUGGAAAGCCUUCCCAGAAGAGUGGAGGCUGUUAUAGCAGCAAAGUGGGACCAACUCCAUAAUUAAUGCCCAUGAUUUUGGAAUGAGAUACUUUUGGUCAUGUAGUGUAUAUUGAGUUUGUUCCCCCCCACUACUCAAACCACCCGCGGUCUGGAUUGGAACACCCGCGGUCUGGAUUGGACCACCCAUGGUCUGGAUUGGACCACCCGCGGUCUGGAUUGGAACACCCGCGGUCUGGAUUGGACCACCCGCGGUCUGGAUUGGAACACCUUCAUGGGCCGAAUGUUUGACACCCCUGAUCUAAAGACUCCUGUCAAUUAAUGGCUUUAUUUCCCAACUCUGGGUAGAUAAAACACAUACUAAAUAAACUAACAUGAUAUAAACAGGACAGUUAUCAUUCACAUCAAUUUGUAUUGUGUCAUCAGUGAAAGGAUGGUACGUUGUGAUGAACCAUGUAAACAACUAUGGCUGGACACGCCCAUCCAGAAACAAGCUAUAUAUAUCAACUAUGGCAGGACACGCCCAUCCAGAAACAAGCUAUAUAUAUAAACUAUGGCAGGACACGCCCAUCCAGAAACAAGCUAUAUAUAUCAACUAUGGCAGGACACGCCCAUCCAGAAACAAGCUAUAUAUAUAAACUAUGGCAGGACACGCCCAUCCAGAAACAAGCUAUAUAUAUAAACUAUGGCAGGACACGGCCAUCCAGAAACAAACUAUAUAUAUAAACUAUGGCAGGACACGCCCAUCCAGACACAAGCUAUAUAUAUCAACUAUGGCAGGACACGCCCAUCCAGAAACAAGCUAUAUAUAUCAACUAUGGCAGGACACGCCCAUCCAGAAACAAGCUAUAUAUAUAAACUAUGGCAGGACACGCCCAUCCAGAAACAUGCUAUAUAUAUCAACUAUGGCAGGACACGCCCAUCCAGAAACAAGCUAUAUAUACAGUGGGGGAAAAAAGUAUUUAGUCAGCCACCAAUUGUGCAAGUUCUCCCACUUAAAAAGAUGAGAGAGGCCUGUAAUUUUCAUCAUAGGUACACGUCAACUAUGACAGACAAAUUGACAAAAAAAUAUCCAGAAAAUCACAUUGUAGGAUUUUUUAUGAAUUUAUUUGCAAAUUAUGGUGGAAAAUAAGUAUUUGGUCACCUCACAGACCUGUAACUUCUUCUUUAAGAGGCUCCUCUGUCCUCCACUCGUUACCUGUAUUAAUGGCACCUGUUUGAACUUGUUAUCAGUAUAAAAGACACGUGUCCACAACCUCAAACAGUCACACUCCAAACUCCACUAUGGCCAAGACCAAAGAGCUGUCAAAGGACACCAGAAACAAAAUUGUAGACCUGCACCAGGCUAGGAAGACUGAAUCUGCAAUAGGUAAGCAGCUUGGUUUGAAGAAAUCAACUGUGGGAGCAAUUAUUAGGAAAUGGAAGACAUACAAGACCACUGAUAAUCUCCCUCGAUCUGGGGCUCCACGCAAGAUCUCACCCCGUGGGGUCAAAAUGAUCACAAGAACGGUGAGCAAAAAUCCCAGAACCACACGGGGGGACCCAGUGAAUGACUUGCAGAGAGAUGGGACCAAAGUAACAAAGCCUACCAUCAGUAACACACUACGCCGCCAGGGACUCAAAUCCUGCAGUGCCAGACGUGUCCCCCUGCUCAAGCCAGUACAUGUCCAGGCCCGUCUGAAGUUUGCUAGAGUGCAUUUGGAUGAUCCAGAAGAGGAUUGGGAGAAUGUCAUAUGGUCAGAUGAAACCAAAAUAGAACUUUUUGGUAAAAACUCAACUCGUCGUGUUUGGAGGACAAAGAAUGCUGAGUUGCAUCCAAAGAACACCAUACCUACUGUGAAGCACAGGGGUGGAAACAUCAUGCUUUGGGGCUGUUUUUCUGCAAAGGGACCAGGACGACUGAUCCGUGUAAAGGAAAGAAUGAAUGGGGCCAUGUAUCGUGAGAUUUUGAGUGAAAACCUCCUUCCAUCAGCAAGGGCAUUGAAGAUGAAACGUGGCUGGGUCUUUCAGCAUGACAAUGAUCCCAAACACACCGCCCGGGCAACGAAGGAGUGGCGUCGUAAGAAGCAUUUCAAGGUCCUGGAGUGGCCUAGCCAGUCUCCAGAUCUCAACCCCAUAGAAAAUCUUUGGAGGGAGUUGAAAGUCCGUGUUGCCCAGCGACAGCCCCAAAACCUCACUGCUCUAGAGGAGAUCUGCAUGGAGGAAUGGGCCAAAAUACCAGCAACAGUGUGUGAAAACCUUUUGACCUGUGUAUAUAAGGGUAUAUAACAAAGUAUUGAGAAACUUUUGUUAUUGACCAAAUACUUGUUUUCCACCAUAAUUUGCAAAUAAAUUCAUAAAAAAUCCUACAAUGUGAUUUUCUGGAUUAUUUUUCUCGUUUUGUCUGUUAAAGUUGACGUGUACCUAUGAUGAAAAUUACAGGCCUCUCUCAUCUUUUUAAGUGGGAGAACUUGCACAAUUGGUGGCUGACUAAAUACUUUUUUCCCCCACUGUAUAAACUAUGGCAGGACACGCCCAUCCAGAAACAAGCUAUAUAUAUCAACUAUGGCAGGACACGCCCAUCCAGAAACAAGCUAUAUAUAUAAACUAUGGCAGGACACGCCCAUCCAUAAACAAGCUAUAUACAGGUAAAAGUCAGUAAAUUAGAAUAUUUUGAAAAACUUGAUUUAUUUCAGUAAUUGCAUUCAAAAGGUGUAACUUGUACAUUAUAUUUAUUCAUUGCACACAGACUGAUGCAUUCAAAUGUUUAUUUCAUUUAAUUUUGAUGAUUUGAAGUGGCAACAAAUGAAAAUCCAAAAUUCCGUGUGUCACAAAAUUAGAAUAUUACUUAAGGCUAAUACAAAAAAGGGAUUUUUUAGAAAUGUUGGCCAACUGAAAAGUAUGAAAAUGAAAAAUAUGAGCAUGUACAAUACUCAAUACUUGGUUGGAGCUCCUUUUGCCUCAAUUACUGCAUUAAUGCGGCGUGGCAUGGAGUCGAUGAGUUUCUGGCACUGCUCAGGUGUUAUGAGAGCCCAGGUUGCUCUGAUAGUGGCCUUCAACUCUUCUGCGUUGUUGGGUCUGGCAUUCUGCAUCUUCCUUUUCACAAUACCCCACAGAUUUUCUAUGGGGCUAAGGUCAGGGGAGUUGGCUGGCCAAUUUAGAACAGAAAUACCAUGGUCCGUAAACCAGGCACGGGUAGAUUUUGCGCUGUGUGCAGGCGCCAAGUCCUGUUGGAACCUGAAAUCUCCAUCUCCAUAGAGCAGGUCAGCAGCAGGAAGCAUGAAGUGCUCUAAAACUUGCUGGUAGACGGCUGCGUUGACCCUUGAUCUCAGGAAACAGAGUGGACCGACACCAGCAGAUGACAUGGCACCCCAAACCAUCACUGAUGGUGGAAACUUUACACUAGACUUCAGGCAACGUGGAUCCUGUGCCUCUCCUGUCUUCCUCCAGACUCUGGGACCUCGAUUUCCAAAGGAAAUGCAAAAUUUGCUUUCGUCAGAAAACAUGACUUUAGACCACUCAGCAGCAGUCCAGCUCUUUUUUCCUUAGCCCAGGUGAGACGCUUUUCGCGCUGUUUCUUGGUCAACAGUGGCUUGACACGAGGUAUGCGGCAGUUGAAACCCAUGUCUUUCAAGCGUCUCUUGGUGGUGGAUCUUGAAGCCCUGACUCCAGCAGCUGUCCACUCCUUGUGAAUCUCCCCCACAUUUUUGAAUGGGUUUUUUUUCACAAUCUUGACUAGGGCGCGGUGAUCCCUAUCGCUUGUACACUUUUUCUGACCACAGUUUUUCCUUCCCUUUGCCUCUCUAUUAAUGUGUUUGGACACAGAGCUCUGAGAACAGCCAGCCUCUUCUGCAAUAACCUUUUGUGUCUUUCCCUCCUUGUGCAAUGUGUCGAUGGUCGCCUUUUGGACAGCUGUCAAAUCUGAAGUCUUCCCCAUGUUUGUGUAGGCUUCAGAACUGGACUGAGAGACCAUUUAAAGCCCUUUGCAGGUGUUUUGAGUUAAUCAGCUGAUUAUUUUGUGGCACCAGGUGUCUUCAAAAUGUAACCCUUACACAAUAUUCUAAUUUUGUGACACACGGAAUUUUGGAUUUUCAUUUGUUGCCACUUCAAAUCAUCAAAAUUAAAUGAAAUAAACAUUUGAAUGCAUCAGUCUGUGUGCAAUGAAUAAAUAUAAUGUACAAGUUACACCUUUUGAAUGCAAUUACUGAAAUAAAUCAAGUUUUUCAAAAUAUUCUAAUUUACUGACUUUUACCUGUAUAUCAACUAUGGUAGGACACGCCCAUCCAGUUCAUAUUUACCACUGACAGGCUAAAUGUAUUGCUAAAGCCCUUUUCCUACCACUGGGAAGUAUCUAAAGUAGUGUAGUAGUAGUUAUGAUGCAUCUAUAAUAGUUGGUCUCUGUCUUUCCCUCAGCUCCGUGAGGAAGGCGAAGGCCAGCCUGUCCUGCCCCUUCCCUCCAGUCUCCCUCAGCUCCGUGAGGAAGGAGAAGGCCAGCCUGUCCUGCCCCUCCCCUCCAGUCUCCCUCAGCUCCGUGAGGAAGGAGAAGGCCAGCCUGUCCUCCCCCUCCCCUCCAGUCUCCCUCAGCUCCGUGAGGAAGGAGAAGGCCAGCCUGUCCUGCCCCUCCCCUCCAGUCUCCCUCAGCUCCGUGAGGAAGGAGAAGGCCAGCCUGUCCUCCCCCUCCUCUCCAGUCUCCCUCAGCUCCGUGAGGAAGGCGAAGGCCAGCCUGUCCUGCCCCUCCCCUCCAGUCAGGAGUCUUACUAUCCUCCAAUCAAACCCUCCUACCCCAGACUCCCCACCAAAGGUUGGACUCCCUUCAGGUCCACCUGGAGACGCCACUUGGAGCAGCUUACAGGUAACACACAGGACAGGCCAAAGGUCAAAGGUAACAGGCAUAACAGGGCUAACAUGAAAUGUGUCCACCUUCUGUCAAGAAUGGGAGUUGAGAGAAAGUCCGAAAAUAGACGGCCUGUGCAUGUCUGAGUAUUUCACUGAAACAGAGAGACCUUUCCUGUCCUCCGCUUGUCUCUUGUUUUACCAGAUGAUCCAGAGCUGUGUAGGGGCCAUGUCAAGAUCCCAUGCCCCACCCCAGCUGCAGGAAAUGGCCAGGCAGUCUCCCCCAGACCCUACAGGCAACCUCAAGUUCCUUUACCACCUAUACCAGAGGUGAACUGCUAUACAAGAGACGUAUCUCAUCCAGCACCAGGUAAACUCAGCAUGUUGACCAACAGAUUUAAGUCCCAAUUAUCUCUCUUUCCUCCAAAAGUGUGUACUUGGUCACUUCGCUUCACUGAUUCUAAAGGGAUUGAGUGGAAUGAAGGGAACAAACAUGGUGGAAACUCCCAAUCGCCCAAACAUCGCCCAUCCCAAUCGCCCAAACAUCGCCCAAACAUCGACCAAACAUCGCCCAUCCCAAUCGCCCAAACAUCGCCCAAACAUCGCCCAAACAUCGCCCAUCCCAAUCGCCCAAACAUCGCCCAAACAUCGCCCAAACAUCGCCCAUCCCAAUCGCCCAAACAUCGCCCAAACAUCGACCAUCCCAAUCGCCCAAACAUCGCCCAUCCCAAUCGCCCAAACAUCGCCCUAACAUCGCCCAUCCCAAUCGCCCAAACAUCGCCCAAACAUCGCCCAUGCCUCCACUAACCCAACUCCCAAUCGCCCAUGCCUCCACUAACCCAACUCCCAAUCGCCCAUGCCUCCACUUAUCCAACUCCCAAUCGCCCAUGCCUCCACUAACCCAACUCCCAAUCGCCCAUCCCAACUCCCAAUCGCCCAUGCCUCCACUAACCCAACUCCCAAUCGCCCAUCCCAAAUCCCAAUCGCCCAUGCCUCCACUAACCCAACUCCCAAUCGCCCAUCCCAAUUCCCAAUCGCCCAUGCCUCCACUAACCCAACUCCCAAUUGCCCAUGCCUCCACUAACCCAACUCCCAAUCGCCCAUGCCUCCACUAAUCCAACUCCCAAUCGCCCAUGCCUCCACUAACCCAACUCCCAAUCGCCCAUGCCUCCACUAAUCCAACUCCCAAUCGCCCAUGCCUCCACUAAUCCAACUCCCAAUCGCCCAUUGCCUCCACUAAUCCAACUCCCAAUCGCCCAUGCCUCCACUAAUCCAACUCCCAAUCGCCCAUGCCUCCACUAAUCCAACUCCCAAUCGCCCAUGCCUCCACUAAUCCAACUCCCAAUCGCCCAUGCCUCCACUAAUCCAACUCCCAAUCGCCCAUGCCUCCACUAAUCCAACUCCCAAUCGCCCAUGCCUCCACUAAUCCAACUCCCAAUCGCCCAUGCCUCCACUACCCAACUCCCAAUCGCCCAUGCCUCCACUAAUCCAACUCCCAAUCGCCCAUGCCUCCACUAAUCCAACUCCCAAUCGCCCAUGCCUCCACUAAUCCAACUCCCAAUCGCCCAUGCCUCCACUAAUCCAACUCCCAAUCGCCCAUGCCUCCACUAAUCCAACUCCCAAUCGCCCAUGCCUCCACUAAUCCACUCCCAAUCGCCCAUGCCUCCACUAAUCCAACUCCCAAUCGCCCAUGCCUCCACUAAUCCAACUCCCAAUCGCCCAUGCCUCCACUAAUCCAAACUCCCAAUCGCCCAUGCCUCCACUUAUCCAACUCCCAAUCGCCCAUGCCUCCACUAAUCCAACUCCCAAUCGCCCAUGCCUCUACUAACCCACCUCCCAAUCGCCCAUGCCUCCACUAAUCCAACUCCCAAUCGCCCAUGCCUCCACUAAUCCAACUCCCAAUCGCCCAUGCCUCCACUUAUCCAACUCCCAAUCGCCCAUGCCUCCACUAAUCCAACUCCCAAUCGCCCAUGCCUCCACUAACCCAACUUCCAAUCGCCCAUGCCUCCACUAACCCAACUCCCAAUCGCCCAUGCCUCCACUAACCCAACUCCCAAUCGCCCAAACAUCGCCCAAACAUCGCCCAUCCCAAUCGCCCGAACAUCGCCCAAACAUCGCCCAUCCCAAUUGCCCAAACAUCGCCCAUCCCAAUCGCCCAAACAUCGCCCAAACAUCGCCCAAACAUCGCCCAUGCCUCCACUAAUCCAACUCCCAAUCUCCCAUGCCUCCACUAACCCAACUCCCAAUCGCCCAUGCCUCCACUAACCCAACUCCCAAUCGCCCAUGCCUCCACUAAUCCAACUCCCAAUCGCCCAUGCCUCCACUAACCCAACUCCCAAUCGCCCAUCCCAACUCCCAAUCGCCCAUGCCUCCACUAACCCAACUCCCAAUCGCCCAUCCCAACUCCCAAUCGCCCAUGCCUCCACUAACCCAACUCCCAAUCGCCCAUCCCAACUCCCAAUCGCCCCUGCCUCCACUAAUCCAACUCCCAAUCGCCCAUGCCUCCACUAAUCCAACUCCCAAUCGCCCAUGCCUCCACUAACCCAACUCCCAAUCGCCCAUGCCUCCACUAAUCCAACUCCCAAUCGCCCAUGCCUCCACUAAUCCAACUCCCAAUCGCCCAUGCCUCCACUAAUCCAACUCCCAAUCGCCAUGCCUCCACUAAUCCAACUCCCAAUCGCCCAUGCCUCCACUAACCCAACUCCCAAUCGCCCAUGCCUCCACUAAUCCAACUCCCAAUCGCCCAUGCCUCCACUAAUCCAACUCCCAAUCGCCCAUGCCUCCACUAAUCCAACUCCCAAUCGCCCAUGCCUCCACUAAUCCAACUCCCAAUCGCCCAUGCCUCCACUAAUCCAACUCCCAAUCGCCCAUGCCUCCACUAAUCCAACUCCCAAUCGCCCAUGCCUCCACUAACCAACUCCCAAUCGCCCAUGCCUCCACUAAUCCAACUCCCAAUCGCCAUGCCUCCACUAAUCCAACUCCCAAUCGCCCAUGCCUCCACUAAUCCAACUCCCAAUCCGCCCAUGCCUCCACUAAUCCAACUCCCAAUCGCCCAUGCCUCCACUAAUUCAACUCCCAAUCGCCCAUGCCUCCACUAAUCCAACUCCCCAAUCGCCCAUGCCUCCACUAAUCCAACUCCCAAUCGCCCAUGCCUCCACUAAUCCAACUCCCAAUCGCCAUGCCUCCACUAACCCAACUCCCAAUCGCCCAUCCCAACUCCCAAUCGCCCAUGCCUCCACUAACCCAACUCCCAAUCGCCCAUCCCAACUCCCAAUCGCCCAUGCCUCCACUAACCCAACUCCCAAUCGCCCAUGCCUCCACUAACCGAACUCCCAAUCGCCCAUCCCAACUCCCAAUCGCCCAUGCCUCCACUAACCCAACUCCCAAUCGCCCAUGCCUCCACUAACCCAACUCCCAAUCGCCCAAACAUUGCCCAAACAUCGCCCAUCCCAAUCGCCCAAACAUCGCCCAAACAUUGCCCAUGCCUCCACUAAUCCAACUCCCAAUCGCCCAUGCCUCCACUAACCCAACUCCCAAUUGCCCAUGCCUCCACUAACCCAACUCCCAAUCGCCCAUGCCUCCACUAAUCCAACUCCCAAUCGCCCAUGCCUCCACUAACCCAACUCCCAAUCGCCCAUCCCAACUCCCAAUCGCCCAUGCCUCCACUAACCCAACUCCCAAUCGCCCAUCCCAACUCCCAAUCGCCCAUGCCUCCACUAACCCAACUCCCAAUCGCCCAUCCCAACUCCCAAUCGCCCAUGCCUCCACUAACCCAACUCCCAAUCGCCCAUGCCUCCACUAAUCCAACUCCCAAUCGCCCAUGCCUCCACUAACCCAACUCCCAAUCGCCCAUGCCUCCACUAACCCAACUCCCAAUCCCCCAUGCCUCCACUAAUCCAACUCCCAAUCGCCCAUGCCUCCACUAAUCCAACUCCCAAUCGCCCAUGCCUCCACUAAUCCAACUCCCAAUCGCCCAUGCCUCCACUAAUCCAACUCCCAAUCGCCCAUGCCUCCACUAACCCAACUCCCAAUCGCCCAUGCCUCCACUAACCCAACUCCCAAUCGCCCAUGCCUCCACUAACCCAACUCCCAAUCGCCCGUGCCUCCACUAACCCAACUCCCAAUCGCCCGUGCCUCCACUAAUCCAACUCCCAAUCGCCCAUGCCUCCACUAAUCCAACUCCCAAUCGCCCAUGCCUCCACUAACCCAACUCCGAAUCGCCCAUGCCUCCACUAACACAACUCCCAAUCGCCCAUGCCUCCACUAACCCAACUCCCAAUCGCCCAUGCCUCCACUAAUCCAACUCCCAAUCGCCCAUGCCUCCACUAAUCCAACUCCCAAUCGCCCAUGCCUCCACUAACCCAACUCCCAAUCGCCCAUGCCUCCACUAAUCCAACUCCCAAUCGCCCAUGCCUCCACUAACCCAACUCCCAAUCGCCCAUGCCUCCACUAAUCCAACUCCCAAUCGCCCAUGCCUCCACUAAUCCAACUCCCAAUCGCCCAUGCCUCCACUAAUCCAACUCCCAAUCGCCCAUGCCUCCACUAACCCAACUCCCAAUCGCCCAUCCCAACUCCCAAUCGCCCAUGCCUCCACUAACCCAACUCCCAAUCGCCCAUCCCAAUUCCCAAUCGCCCAUGCCUCCACUAACCCAACUCCCAAUCGCCCAUGCCUCCACUAAUCCAACUCCCAAUCGCCCAUGCCUCCACUAACCCAACUCCCAAUCGCCCAUGCCUCCACUAAUCCAACUCCCAAUCGCCCAUGCCUCCACUAAUCCAACUCCCAAUCGCCCAUGCCUCCACUAAUCCAACUCCCAAUCGCCCAUGCCUCCACUAAUCCAACUCCCAAUCGCCCAUGCCUCCACUAACCCAACUCCCAAUCGCCUGUGCCUCCACUAACCCAACUCCCAAUCGCCCGUGCCUCCACUAAUCCAACUCCCAAUCGCCCAUGCCUCCACUAAUCCAACUCCCCAAUCGCCCAUGCCUCCACUAACCCAACUCCGAAUCGCCCAUGCCUCCACUAACACAACUCCCCAAUCGCCCAUGCCUCCACUAACCCAACUCCCAAUCGCCCAUGCCUCCACUAAUCCAACUCCCAAUCGCCCAUGCCUCCACUAAUCCAACUCCCAAUCGCCCAUGCCUCCACUAAUCCAACUCCCAAUCGCCCAUGCCUCCACUAACCCAACUCCCAAUCGCCCAUGCCUCCACUAAUCCAACUCCCAAUCGCCCAUGCCUCCACUAAUCCAACUCCCAAUCGCCCAUGCCGCCACUAACCCAACUCCCAAUCGCCCAUGCCUCCACUAAUCAACUCCCAAUCGCCCAUGCCUCCACUAACCCAACUCCCAAUCGCCCAUGCCUCCACUAAUCCAACUCCCAAUCGCCCAUGCCUCCACUAAUCCAACUCCCAAUCGCCCAUGCCUCCACUAACCCAACUCCCAAUCCCCCAUGCCUCCACUAAUCCAACUCCCAAUCGCCCAUGCCUCCACUAAUCCAACUCUCAAUUGCCCAUGCCUCCACUAAUCCAACUCCCAAUCGCCCAUGCCUCCACUAACCCAACUCCCAAUCCCCCAUGCCUCCACUAAUCCAACUCCCAAUCGCCCAUGCCUCCACUAACCCAACUCCCAAUCGCCCAUGCCUCCACUAAUCCAACUCCCAAUCGCCCAUGCCUCCACUAAUCCAACUCCCAAUCGCCCAUGCCUCCACUAACCCAACUCCCAAUCGCCCAUGCCUCCACUAAUCCAACUCCCAAUCGACCAUUCCUCCACUAAACCUGUUUUUCAGGAAGCAAAAGUUGCCAUCCAACAUUAUCAGAACAUAUGCCACACAGUUUGUUUAUAUAAUAUAAUAAUAUGCCAUUUAGCAGAUGCUUUUAUCCAAAGCGACUUACAGUCAUAUGUGCAUACAUUUUACGUAUGGGUGGCCCCGGGAGUCGAACCCACAACCCUGGCUGUGCAGCAUGCUCAUGACCUUCUUUUGAGCCAUUGUUAUAUGUCACAGAGUUACCACAGGAGACGCCACAGCAUGCUCUGCACCCUCCGCUGCAACUUGCCCAUGGCCCCCCCCCCCCCCCCCCCCCGCUUCUCCUUCACACAAAUUCAGACAGCUGAUGUUCUGAAAGAGCUGCAAAAUCUGGACCCCUACAAAUCAUCUGGGCUAGACAAUCUGGACCCUUUCUUUCUAAAACUAGCCGCCGAAAUUGUUGCAACCCCUAUUACUAGCCUGUUCAACCUCUUUCAUAACGUCUGAGAUCCCCAGAGAUUGGAACGCUGCCGCGGUCAUCCCCCUCUUCAAAGGGGGUGACACCCUAGAUCCAAACUGUUACAGACCUAUAUCCAUCCUGCCCUGCCUUUCGAAAGUAUUUGAAAGCCAAGUUAACUAACAGAUCACCGACCAUUUCGAAUCCCACCCUACCUUCUCCGCUAUGCAAUCCGUUUUCCGAGCUGGUCAUGGGUGCACCUCAGCCACGCUCAAGGUCCUAAAUGAUAUUAUAACCGCGAUCGAUAAUAGACAGUACUGUGCAGCCGUCUUCAUUGACCUGGCCAAGACUUUCGACUCUGUCAACCACCGCAUUCUUAUUAGCAGACUAAAUAGCCUUGGUUUCUCAAAUGACUGCCUCGCCUGGUUCACCAACUACUUCUCAGAUAGAGUUCAAUGUGUCAAAUCGGAGGGCCUGUUGUCUGGACCUCUGGCAGUCUCUAUGGGGGUGCCACAGGGUUCAAUUCUCGGGCCGACUCUAUUCUCUGUGUAUAUCAAUGAUGUCGCUCUUGCUGCUGGUGACUCUCAGAUCCACCUCUACGCAGACGACACCAUUUUGUAUACAUCUGGCCCUUCAUUGGACACUGUGUUAACAAACCUCCAAACAAGCUUCAAUGCCAAACAACACUCCUUCAGUAGCCUCCAACUGCUCUUAAACACUAGUAAAACUAAAUGCAUGCUCUUCAAUCGAACGCUGCUGGCACCCGCCCACCCGACUAGAAUCACUACUCUUGGUGGGUCUGACCUAGAGUAUGUGGACAACUACAAAUACCUAGGUGUCUGGUUAGACUGUAAACUCUCCUUCCAGACUCACAUUAAGAAUCUCCAAUCCAAAGUUAAAUCUAGAAUCGGCUUCCUAUUUCACAACAAAGCCUCCUUCACACAUGCUGCCAAACAUGCCCUCGUAAAACUGACUAUCCUACCGAUCCUACAGGACUGUUUUGCUAGCACAGACUGGAAAAUGUUCCGGGAUUCUUCAGACAGCAUUGAGGAGUACACCACAUCAGUCACUGGCUUCAUCAAUAAGUGCAUCGAUGAUGUCGUCCCCACAGUGACCGUACGUACAUACCCCAACCAGAAGCCAUGGAUGACAGGAAACAUCCGCACUGAGCUAAAGGGUAGAGCUGCCGCUUUCAAGGAACGGGACUCUAACCCGGACGCUUAUAAGAAAUCCCGCUAUGACCUCCGACGAACCAUCAAACAGGCAAAGAGUCAAUACAGGACUAAGAUUGAAUCGUACUACACUGGCUCUGACGCUCGUCGGAUGUGGCAGGGCUUGAAAACUAUUACAGACUACAAAGGGAAGCACAGCCGCGAGCUGCCCAGUGACACAAGCCUACCAGACGAGCUAAACCACUUCUAUGCUCGCUUCGAGGCAAGCAACACUGAAGCAUGCAUGAGAGCACCAGCUGUUCCGGAUGACUAUGUGAUCACGCUCUCCGUAGCCGAUGUGAGUAAGACUUUUAAGCAGGUCAACAUUCACAAGGCCGCAGGGCCAGACGGAUUACCAGGACGUGUACUCCGAGCAUGUGCUGACCAACUGGCAAGUGUCUUCACUGACAUUUUCAACAUGUCCCUGACUGAGUCUGUAAUACCAACAUGUUUUAAGCAGACCACCAUAGUCCCCGUGCCCAAGGACUCUAAGAUAACCUGCCUAAAUGACUACCGACCCGUAGCACUGACGUCUGUAGCCAUGAAGUGCUUUGAAAGGCUGGUCAUGGCUCACAUCAACAGCAUUAUCCCAGAAACCCUAGACCCACUCCAAUUUGCAUACCGCCCCAACAGAUCCACAGAUGAUGCAAUCUCUAUUGCACUCCACACUGCCCUUUCCCACCUGGACAAGAGGAACACCUACGUGAGAAUGCUAUUCAUUGACUACAGCUCAGCAUUCAACACCAUAGUGCCCUCUAAGCUCAUCACUAAGCUAAGGAUCCUGGGACUAAACACCUCCCUCUGCAACUGGAUCCUGGACUUCCUGACGGGCCGCCCCCAGGUGGUAAGGGUAGGUAACAACACAUCUGCCACACUGAUCCUCAACACGGGGGACCCUCAGGGGUGCGUGCUCAGUCCCCUCCUGUACUCUCUGUUCACCCAUGACUGCAUGGCCAGGCACGACUCCAACACCAUCAUUAAGUUUGCCGACGACACAACAGUGGUAGGCCUGAACACCGACAACGAUGAGACAGCCUAUAGGGAGGAGGUCAGAGACCUGGCCGUGUGGUGCCAGGACAACAACCUCUCCCUCAACGUGACCAAGACAAAGGAGAUGAUUGUGGACUACAGGAAAAAAAAGAGGACUGAGCACGCCCCCAUUCUCAUCGACGGGGCUGUAGUGGAACAGGUUGAGAGCUUCAAGUUCCUUGGUGUCCACAUCACCAACGAACUAUCAUGGUCCAAACACACCAAGACAGUCGUGAAGAGGGCACGACAAAGCCUAUUCCCCCUCAGGAGACUGAAAAGAUUUGGCAUGGGUCCUCAGAUCCUCAUAAAAUUCUACAGCUGCACCAUCGAGAGCAUCCUGACUGGUUGCAUCACCGCCUGGUAUGGCAACUGCUUGGCCUCCGACCGCAAGGCACUACAGAGGGUAGUGCGUACGGCCCAGUACAUCACUGGGGCCAAGCUUCCUGCCAUCCAGGACCUCUAUACCAGGCGGUGUCAGAGGAAGGCCCUCAAAAUUGGUCAAAGACUCCAGCCACCCUAGUCAUAGACUGUUCUCUCUGCUACCGCACCGCAAACGGUACUGGAGUGCCAAGUCUAGGUCCAAAAGACUUCUCAACAGCUUCUACCCCCAAGCCAUAAGACUCCUGAACAGCUAAUCAUGGCUACCCGGACUAUUUGCACUGCCCCCCCACCCCAUCCUUUUUACGCUGCUGCUACUCUGUUAAUUAUUUAUGCAUAGUCACUUUAACUCUACCCACAUGUACAUAUUACCUCAACUACCUCAACUAGCCGGUGCCCCCGCACAUUGACUCUGCAACGGUACCCCCCUGUAUAUAUAGCCUCCCUACUGUUACUUUAUUUUACUUCUGCUCUUUUUUUUCUCAACACUUUUUUUGUUGUUGUUUUAUUUUUACUUUUUUUGUUAAAAAUAAAUGCACUGUUGGUUAAGGGCUCUAAGUAAGCAUUUCACUGUAAUGUCUGCACCUGUUGUAUUCGGCGCAUGUGACCAAUAAAAUUUGAUUUGAUUUGAUUUGAUCCUUGACUUCGGUGAUGUCAUUUACAAAAUAGCCUCCAACACUCUCCUCAGCAAAUUGGAUGUAGUCUAUCACAGUGCCAUCCGUUUUGUCACGAAAGCCCCAUAUACUACCCACCACUGUGACCUGUACGCUCUUGUUGGCUGGUCCUCACUACAUAUUCAUCGCCAAACCCACUGGCUCCAGGUCAUCUAUAAAUCACUGCUAGGCAAAUCCCAGUCUUAUCUUAGCUCAUUGGUCACCAUAGCAGCACCCACCCGUAGUCUGCGCUCCAGCAGGUAUAUCUCACUGGUCAUCCCCAAAGCCAACACCUCCUUUGGUCGCCAUUCCUUCCAGUUCUCUGCUGCCAAUGACUGGAACGAAUUACAAACAUCUCUGAAGCUGGAGACUCUUAUCUCCCUCACUAACUUUAAGUGUCAGUUGUCAGAGCACCUUACCGAUCACUGCACCUGUACACAGCCCAUCAAUAAUUAGCCCACCCAACUACCUCAUCCCUAUAUUGUUAUUUAUUUUGCUCUUUUGCACCCCAGUAUCUCUAUUUGCACAUCAUCUCUUGCACAUCUAGCAUUCCAGUGUUAAUACUAAUUGUAAUUAUUUUGCACUAUAGCCUAUUUAUUGCCUUACCUCCAUAACUUACUACAUUUGCACACACUGUAUAUAUAUUUUCUGUUGUAUUUUUGACUUUAUGUUUUUUUACCCCAUAUGUAACUCUGUGUUGUUGUUUUUAUCGCACUGCUAUGCUUUAUCUUGGCCAGGUCGCAGUUGUAAAUGAGAACUUGUUCUCAACUGGCUUACCUGGUUAAAUAAAAAAAUAAAAAAUGUCAGAGUAGAUCAAUGGUAAUUCUAUUGAACUGUUAUCCAUCAAUAGUAGCAUUCAUUGAUUCUGUCAUGUAAUGUCAUCCAUCGAGAGCAGCAGGUCAACAUUUAAAUGAUCUUGUUGUUUGUUUGUUGUUAUUGUUAUUGUUGUUGUUGUUGUUGUUAUUGUUAUUGUUGUUGUCUCUAACAGGUUUGGAGGAGCAGGAGGCUAGGCUACUGAGGCGUGUGAAGUUUGAAGUCAUGGUUGAGACACCCAGGGUUCAGAUGAGUCCCAUCCCAGAGACAGAGCCUCUUUGGCGGGUAGAGAGUACCAAACACCUCCCUGGAGAUCCACCUCAUGGACAGGUGAUAACAAAAACUAAUUGUCCAUUUUGUCGAUGUACCAUUUUGUCAAAGGCAUUUGGUUUCACUAUAAGUAAGCCUUGUCCUAGUCAGAACGGCCCAUAGGGCAGGAGCCUGUCUCCUGUUUCUGUAGCGUGAGGCAGCUUGAUGUACUAGUAAACCCCCUGGACUAGUCUCAACAAUUUCAACAUAACUGAUCAUCUUUAUUGUAUAUUCCAGGAGAUUGGGAGGCCCGUGGUAAUACACCCUGAUGACAGGUAUAGUAUCUCUCAGGGGGGUCAAACUCGUCCCACGGAGGGCUUAGUGUCUGCGGGUUUUUGGUUUUUUGGUUUUUCAUUUCAAUUAAGCCCUAGACACCCAGGUGAGGGGAGUUCCUUACUAAUUAGUGACCUUUUUUCAUCAAUCAAGUACAAGGGAGUAGCGAAAACCCGCAGACACUCGGCCCUCCGUGGAAUGAGUUUGACACGUGCUCUAGAUCUUUGAAGGAUGCAUGCACUCAAACACUUGGCCUCUAUUGGUUGACUUAUACUGAACAAAAAUAUAACCGCAACAUGCAACAAUUUCAAAAUAUUUUUACUGAGUUACAGUUCAUAGAAGGAAAUCAGUCAAUUGAAAUAAAUUCAUUAGGACCUAUGGAUUUCACAUGACUGGGCAGGGGUGCACACACUGGGGAGCCAGGUCCUCCAACUGGGGAGCCAGGCCCAGCUAAUCACAGUGCUCUCACAUUUCCUGUCCACGUAAUUUCCUGUCACAAACUCUAAUACCUCCUGCGCCUUGACCUGUGGCUUCUGUUUCCAAAGUUUUACUUUGUUCUACUUUGUUUUAUUUAAUUAUGUUCAUAACGUUUGUGUCAACACCUGCUACCAACUAACCAGCUAGCUAGGUGGCUAGGUUGCAAUAGAGCUCACUUCGCCUGGAAUAGCUAACGAACGUUUCCAGCGCUGUAGAAGCUGUGUUUAUUAUGCUCUUGUCAGGGACAAUAUUGACAAUCCGGAGUUCCAAUGCGGAGGAUUACAGGAAGGAGGUGGCUUUGUGUCAUGAGAAUUUCUAUCUCUAAUUCAACCUAAGCUUGAAUCAUUACCAGAGGUUGUAAGGCUCUGGUUUUAAUCAUAAAUGAUUCAAGGUCCACAACCAGCAAGAAUGAUCUGUAUUUUUAUUCAUGGAGAGCUCUGGCGCCAAAACCCAUACACUCCUGUUUUAUACCUCUUGACACACAAAGGCACUUUGCUCCGCCCACCUUCAGGAGGCUUUUUUUAACCAGUUUUCUCAGUCCCCUUCACCCUGGAAUGUUUAGUCCCGCCCCCCUCUGUUAGUGGGUUGCCACUACAUUAUAACUCUAACACCGUUCACACAUUUAUACUGUAUUUGGGGUGAAAUCCUUUAGUCAUUAUUCUUAAAAUACAAAUUAAUCUAACACUAUGCUUAACAAACAAAUCUCAAUUCUGCGCAAACUUAUGGGGAAAACGCAAAUUGGAACUUUCUCGUUCUCAACUCCUAUGGCUGGAUGCUGCUCGGGCCCGAUGGGUGUUUCCCCGCCUUGUCAUCUGUCCCAAUCUGAAUGGCCUGUUCUACCUGGAACUUGCCUGCCAAGGAAGUUGUCUCCAUCUGCUUCUCCUCCUCCAUCCUGCAGUGAAGUAGACGGAGAACAGCAAGAGGAUUGUUCCAAUCAGUGCUGGUCCCAUGUCACAAGUCGUGGAAACCGAAGGCAGCGGCAUGCUGCUAAGCGGACUGGAGUGACUGCGAGAUGUUCGGAGCAGAUUGACAUGAGGAAUAGCUUCGCUGCACUGGAGCCUGAUUUACCUGCACCUCUGUCUGUGACUGCCUGUGUCUGGGACUGCCUGUGUCUGGGACUGCCUGUGUCUGGGACUGCCUGUGUCUGGGACUGCCUGUGUCUGUGACGGUGGUGCUAACUCCAACUACACUGACUCCAGCAGCGGCUUCGUCGUCGAGUUCGGCUCCUUUCCCUCUGUCUGGAUCUGACGGGGCACUGCCUGCUGUGGGAGGUCUGGACCUAUCGCCGGGAGCAGCGGGUGUACGCUAUCCUGCUUCUCAUUGGCCCGUGAAAGAUUCAACGAAUUGUGUGAGGGGUGGGAAUGGGAAUGGGAGGAUUUAUCAAUUCCCUUCUCUGGCCGUUGUUUUGGGCAGUUCAAUGGUGAGAAAUGUCUCAGUCCCUGGACCAAAAACGUUGUGGUAUCCAGGAGCACGAGUACAGGACAUCAAUAAGCUGCUCCCAAACAUUUUAAACCUGUAUCAGGAAAUGGGAUUCAAUGACAUUAUGAAGGGCAGCAGCUCAGAACAGCUGAAGUUGGAUUUUAAAGAACUGAUUGGGUCACUGCUUGACACCAACAAACGCCCCACAAUAUCUGUCCCUCUGCCUUCCCUAAGUCGUGGCAUUGAACGUUUCAGCAGACUUUUAGCCCUCCAUAACUGGCUACAAGACUAUUGUAGCUCUGUGGGUAUAACGUUUAUUGACAAUUCUGAUACCUUCUGGAAGCAAAGCUCGUUUUAAAAGGAGGAUGGGAUCCACCCAAAUAAUUUGGGUUCCUGGGUCCUUUCACAGCAUUAUGAGGCUGCGUUGAGACAAUGACUUAUCAAUGACCCAAGCCUAACUCAGUUAAUCCCUACCAUUGUGUCGCUGAGUUGUCAUAAUACUUCAGUAAAUGUACAUUAUCCCAGGGGCAUUGGAAGACACAAUGUAAGUAACCUAAUUUACUGUAUGUCACUCUUACUGCCCUGAAUGCCUCUGCUGAUCCCACAGCUACUGAAUGCAGUAUUAAUGUGCCUAUGAAGCAGAGUUAUACUGUUAGCACUGAGACGGUGUGCCCCUAGUAGGAAGUCCACUGUGUGCAGCUCACCCUGCACUAAUAUAAAUAACAUGAGCACAUCUACUGCUGCUAAGCUUCCCAGUAAAGCAAUAAAAACAAUCAAGCAUUCCAGAAAAGUGCUAAAAAUGGCCCACGUUAACAUAUGUAGCUUAAGAAACAAGGUUCAUGAAAUCAAUAAUUUGCUAGUAACAGAUGAUAUUCAUAUUCUGACAAUCUCUGAAACUCACUUAGAUACAGUGGGGGAAAAAAGUAUUUAGUCAGCCACCAAUUGUGCAAGUUCUCCCACUUAAAAAGAUGAGAGAGGCCUGUAAUUUUCAUCAUAGGUACACGUCAACUAUGACAGACAAAUUAAGAAAAAAAAUUCCAGAAAAUCACAUUGUAGGAUUUUUAAUGAAUUUAUUUGCAAAUUAUGGUGGAAAAUAAGUAUUUGGUCACCUACAAACAAGCAAGAUUUCUGGCUCUCACAGACCUGUAACUUCUUCUUUAAGAGGCUCCUCUGUCCUCCACUCGUUACCUGUAUUAAUGGCACCUGUUUGAACUUGUUAUCAGUAUAAAAGACACCUGUCCACAACCUCAAACUGUCACACUCCAAACUCCACUAUGGCCAAGACCAAUGAGCUGUCAAAGGACACCAGAAACAAAAUUGUAGACCUGCACCAGGCUGGGAAGACUGAAUCUGCAAUAGGUAAGCAGCUUGGUUUGAAGAAAUCAACUGUGGGAGCAAUUAUUAGGAAAUGGAAGACAUACAAGACCACUGAUAAUCUCCCUCGAUCUGGGGCUCCACGCAAGAUCUCACCCCGUGGGGUCAAAAUGAUCACAAGAACGGUGAGCAAAAAUCCCAGAACCACACGGGGGGACCUAGUGAAUGACCUGCAGAGAGCUGGGACCAAAGUAACAAAGCCUACCAUCAAUAACACACUAUGCCGCCAGGGACUCAAAUCCUGCAGUGCAAGACGUGUCCCCCUGCUUAAGCCAAUACAUGUCCAGGCCCGUCUGAAGUUUGCUAGAGUGCAUUUGGAUGAUCCAGAAGAGGAUUGGGAGAAUGUCAUAUGGUCAGAUGAAACCAAAAUAGAACUUUUUGGUAAAAACUCAACUCGUCGUGUUUGAAGGACAAAGAAUGCUGAGUUGCAUCCAAAGAACACCAUACCUACUGUGAAGCAUGGGGGUGGAAACAUCAUGCUUUGGGGCUGUUUUUUCUGCAAAGGGACCAGGACGACUGAUCCGUGUAAAGGAAAGAAUGAAUGGGGCCAUGUAUCGUGAGAUUUUGAGUGAAAACCUCCUUCCAUCAGCAAGGGCAUUGAAGAUGAAACGUGGCUGGGUCUUUCAGCAUGACAAGGAUCCCAAACACACCGCCCGGGCAACGAAGGAGUGGCUUCGUAAGAAGCAUUUCAAGGUCCUGGAGUGGCCUAGCCAGUCUCCAGAUCUCAACCCCAUAGAAAAUCUUUGGAGGGAGUUGAAAGUCCGUGUUGCCCAGCGACAGCCCCAAAACAUCACUGCUCUAGAGGAGAUCUGCAUGGAGGAAUGGGCCAAAAUACCAGCAACAGUGUGUGAAAACCUUGUGAAGACUUACAGAGAACGUUUGACCUGUGUCAUUGCCAACAAAGGGUAUAUAACAAAGUAUUGAGAAACUUUUGUUAUUGACCAAAUACUUAUUUUCCACCAUAAUUUGCAAAUAAAUUCAUUAAAAAUCCUACAAUGUGAUUUUCUGGAUUUUUUUUCUCAUUUUGUCUGUUCUAGUUGACGUGUACCUAUGAUGGAAAUUACAGGCCUCUCUCAUCUUUUUAAGUGGGAGAACUUGCACAAUUGGUGGCUGACUAAAUACUUUUCCCCCCCACUGUAAUACCUUUGAUGAUACAAUGGUUGCUAUACAUGGUUAUAAGAUCUACAGAAAAGACAGAAAUGUCAAAGGUGGAGAACCAAAUGUAUUUGAUAUCAACAGAGAGGUAUAUUUGCUGGAUGAUUUAAAUAUUGGCAGGCUUUCAUCAGGCUGCCCACUCAAGAGAAAGCUUAAAACUGUAACCAGUGCCUGCAACCUGGUUAGGUUAUCAGUCAACCUACCAGGAUAGUUACAAACAGCACAGGAAUUAAAUCAUCAACACGUAUUGAUCACAUCUUUACUAAUGCUACAGACAUGUGCUUUAAAGCAGUAUCCAGAUCCAUUGGACGUAGUGAUCACAAUAUAGUAGCCAGAUCUAGGAAAACCUAAAUUCCAAAGGCUGGGCCUAAUAUAGUGUAUAAGAGGUCAUACAAUACGUUUUGUAGUGAUUCCUAUGUUGAAGAUGUAAUGAAUGAUUCUUAUGUUGUUGGAUGAGGCAAAAGGAAUGGCAAAUAAUUUGGCUGCACAACCGAUUGGCAAACGUACUGCAAAUUGAGAAAUCAUGUGACUAAACUGAAUAAAAAGAAGAAGAAACUACACUAUGAAACAAAGAUAAAUGACAUAAAGAAUGAUAGUAAAAAGCUUUGGAGCACUUUAAAUGAUAUUUUGGGCAAAAAGGCAAACUCAGCUCCAUCAUUUCUUGAAUCAGAUGGCUCAUUCAUCACAAAACCCACUGAUAUUGCCAACUACUUUGAUGAUUUUUUCAUUGGCAAGAUUAGCAAACUUAGGCAUGACAUGCCAGCAACAAACGCUGACACUAUACAUCCAAGUACAACUGAUCAAAUUAUGAAAGACAAGCAUUGUAAUUUUGAAUUCCGUAAAGUAUGUAUGGAAGAAGUGAAAUUAUUUGUUGUUGUCUAUGUAAAAUUACUGAGGAUAAUAGCGGAUGAUAUUGCCCCUCCUAUUUGCCAUAUCUUCAAUUUACGCCUACUAGAAAGUGUGUGCCCUCAGGCCUGAAGGGAAGCAAAAGUCAUUCCGCUACCUAAGAAUAGUAAAGUCCCCUUUACUGGCUCAAAUAGCCAACCAAUCAACCUGUUACCAACCCUUAGUAAACUUUUUGAAAAAAUUGUGUUUGAACAGAUACAAUGCUAUUUUACUGUAAACAAAUUGACAACAGACUUUCAGCACGCUUAUAGGAAAAGACAUUCAACAAACACAGCACUUACACAAAUGACUGAUGAUUGGCUGAGAGAAAUUGAUGAUAAAAAUAUUGUGGUGGCUGUUUUGUUAGACUUCAGUGCGGCUUUUGACAUUAUCAAUCAUCGUCUGCUGCUGGAAAAACGUAUGUGUUAUGGCUUUACACUCCCUGCUAUAUUGUGGAUAAAGAGUUACCUGUCUAACAGAACACAGAGGGUGUUCUUUAAUGGAAGCAUCUCCAACAUAAUCCAGGUAGAAUCAGGAAUUCCCCAGGGCAGCUGUCUAGGCCCAUUACUUUUUUAAAUCUUUACUAACAACAUGCCACUGUCUUUGAGUAAAGCCAGUGUGUCUAUGUAUGCGGAUGACUCAACACUAUACACGUCAGCUACUACAGCGACUGAAAUGACUGCAACACUUAACAAAGGGCUGCCGUUUGUUUCAGAAUGGGUGGCAAGGAAGAAGUUAGUCCUAAAUAUUUCAAAAACUUAAAGCAUUGUAUUUGGGACACAUUCACUAAACCCUAAACCUCAACUAAGUCUUGCAAUGAAUAGUGAGGACAUUUAGCAAGUUGAGGUGACUAAACUGUUUGGAGUAACCCUGGAUUGUAAACUGUCAUGGUCAAAACAUGUUGAUACAACAGUAGCUAAGAUGGGGAGAAGUCUGUCCAUAAUAAAGCGCUGCUCAACCUUCUUAACAGCACUAUCAACAAGGCAGGUCCUACAGGCCCUAGUUUUGUCGCACCUGGACUACUGUUCAGUCGUGUGGUCAGGUGCCACAAAAAGGGACUUAAAGUGGAGGAAAGAUUGACUUUAUCAUUACUUGUUUUUGUAAGAGGUUUUGACAAGCUGAAUGUACCGAGCUGUCUGUUUAAACUACUAGCACACAGCUCGGACACCCAUGCAUACCCCACAAGCACAUGCACACUCUACACACACGCACAUUGUAAUAUUGUUGUAUAGUGGUAUUAUACAUUUUGUGGUGUGGAUAUUUGGAGGUGUGACAGUGUUCUAUGAUGUCCUGUUUUAUCUUUGGUUUUAUGUGUAAUACAAGUGCCUUAAUGUGUUUGGACCCAAGGAAGAGUAGCUGCUGCCUUGGCAGGAACUAAUGGGGAUCCAUAAUAAACCCCAGGGAGAGUAGCUGCUGCCUUGGCAGGAACUAAUGGGGAUCCAUAAUAAACCCCAGGAAGAGUAGCUGCUGCCUUGGCAGGAACUAAUGGGGAUCCAUAAUAAACACCAGGAAGAGUAGCUGCUGCUUUGGCAGGAACUAAUGGGGAUCCAUAAUAAACCCCAGGAAGAGUAGCUGCUGCCUUAGCAGGAACUAAUGGGGAUCCAUAAUAAACCCCAGGGAGAGUAGCUGCUGGGCCCUUUGGGAGGAACUAAUGGAGAUCCAUAAUAAACCCCAGGAAGAGUAGCUGCUUUCCCCUUUGGGAGGAAAAAUAAGGGGGAUCCCUAAUAAACCCAGGAAGAGUAGCUGUGCCUUGGCAGGAACUAAUGGGGAUCCAUAAUAAACCCCAGGAAGAGUAGCUGCUGCUUGGCAGGAACUAAUGGGGACCCCUAAUAAACCCCAGGAAAGGGGCCCCCCGGCGGGGUAAGGGGUAAAAAAAAAAAGAGUAUUUGGGGGCCUUUGGCAGAACUAAUGGGGAUCCCUAUAAACCCGGGAAAGAGAGUGCUCCCCUUUGGCAGGAACUAAUGGGGAUCCCUAAAAACCCCAGGAAAGUACUGCUGCCUUGGCGGGAAAAAUAAGGGGGGGGUCCCUAAAAAAACCCCAGGAAGAUGCUGUGCCUUGGGGGGAAAACUAAUGGCGGAUCCCUAAAAAAAACCCCAGGAAAGAGUACUGCUGCCGGGCGGGAACAAGGGGGGAUCCCUAAUAAACCCCGGGGAAAAGAGUAGUUUGCUGCCUUGGCGGAACUAAGGGGGGACCCCCUAAAAAACCCCGGAAUACGUUUCCUUGGGGGGAAACUAAGGGGGACCCUAAAAAAACCCCAGGAAGAGAUGAUGCCUUGGGGGGGAAAAACAAAUGGGACCCCUAAUAAACCCAGGGAGGUAGUGCUGCCUUGGGCGGGAAACUAAUGGGGAUCCUAAAAAACCCCAGGAAGAGUAUUUUCUGCCUUGGCAGGAAUAAUGGGGAUCCAUAAAAAACCCCAGGAAGAGUACUGCUCUUUGGCGGGGAAACUAAGGGGGAUCCAAUAAACCCCGGAAGAGUAGUGCUGCCUUGGCAGGACAAUGGGGUCCCUAAAAACCCCCAGGAAAGAGAAACUGUGUUUGACAAAAACAAGGGGGAUCCAUAAAAAACCCCCCAAAAGGAAAAGGGUGUUGCUCCCUGGGGAAAUGGGGAUCCAUAAUAAACCCCAGGAAGAGUAGCUGUUGCUGCCUUUGACAGGAACUAAUGGGGAUCCAUAAUAAACCACAGGAAGAGUAGCUGCUGCCUUGGCAGGAACUAAUGGGGAUCCAUAAUAAACCCCAGGAAGAGUAGCUGCUGCCUUGGCAGGAACUAAUGGGGAUCUAUAAUAAAUACAAAUACAAAUCAGAAUAUGUUUUUCCCCACAAAAGGGCUUUAUUACAGACAGAAAUACUCCUCAGCACCCCCCCCCACCUACCCCUCCUCAGACAAUCCCGCAGGUGAAAAAGCCGGAUGUGGAGGUCCUGGGCUGGCGUGGUUACACGUGGUCUGCGGUUGUGAUGACGGUAGGAUGUACUGCCAAAUUCUUUCAAAUGACGUUGUAGGCGGCUUAUGGUAGAGAAAUGAACAUUAAAAUCCCUGGCAACAGCUCUGUUGGACAUGGCCUUUUAUUGCCCACAGCACAAGGUCCACCUGUGUAAUGAUCAUGCUGUUUAAUCAGCUUCUUGAUAUGCCAUGCCUGUUAGAUGGAUGGAUUAUCUUGGCCCUGGAGAAAUGCUCAAUAACAGAGAUGUAAACAAAUUUGUGCACAACAUUUUAGAGAAAUAAGCUUUUUGUGCAUGUGGAACAUUUCUGGGAUCUUUUAUUUCAGCUCAUGAAAAAUGGGACCAACACUUUACACUUUGUUGCGUUUAUAAUUUUGUUCAGUAUAGUUAGCUAUAGCUUGGCUACUCAUGAUAUAUUGCACGUUUGCAUGACAUAUUGCUUUGAGAUUUCUUUCUGUUAUGAAAAGCGCUACAGAAGUUGAAUAAAUUAUAACGAUUUAGUGUGAAAGACUGUGAGGAUGUUGGAGGAGAGAGACCCUGGCCUCUACAGAGAGGAGAGAGACCCUGGCCUCUACAGAGAGGAGAGAGACCCUGGCCUCUACAGAGAGGAGAGAGACCCUGGCCUCUACAGAGAGGAGAGAGACCCUGCAGUCUGAAGACGGCUUCAGUAGAUUCCUCCUGGAGAAGCAGCCAGCUAUCACACAUCAACUACUAUGGUGGUUACCUGGGUGGGGCCCAGCAGGGACGGAAACGUGAGUUCACCUUCCUUCAUAUAUUCACCUUCCUUCACAUUCUUCAGUUCAGUUGUGAAGAAUUAAGAAUGAUUGUGAGUGUGCAUGUGUAUCACAGAGUCAAAUUCCAACUUGUUUUGUUUCUUUGGUCAGUGAAACAAGGCAGUGCGAAGGACAACACAUCUUUAGACCCCAGCGUCUCCAGAUUUCAUUUCCCUCCCGUUUUUUCUGGCUCACUGGUCAGUCUGGACCCGGAGAGGGACAGUGGUGGGAGGGUAAGUAAGGCGUUCUAAUGACACCAGCUUUGAGCUUCAUAGAAUUACAACAUAGUAAUUCUAAAUCCUUAUAUGGCAGAAACCAAGGAGUCCAGGUGGGCUGGGGGGGAGGAGAGACUCAGAGCAGUUCCUGCCACUCAUACAUGAGGCUUACGUCAGCUCAGAGGGUCCAGCCCAGACCCAGCCAGAGAGGUUGACCCAGACCCACCUAGAGCCCCAAGCCCAUCCGGAGAAGCCAGGACCCAGAAGGCUGCUGCUGUCAGUGCUGCUACCCCAUAUAGAAGAGGAGGAGAUGCAGACAGGUAUCUUUAUUUGCCCUGUGUAUUAAUGUUUAACAUGCUGACUAAUACCUACUAGGACAUUCUUAUUUAUUGUAUUAUUUAACUACGUAAGUAAUUGAAAACACAUUAUAUUUUACACUAACGAUCUUCAUCCUAUUGUCUUGUCGGUCUCUUCUGUGUCUCUCAGUUGGUGUCCACCACAAGCAAUCAGAGGAGGACAGAGGGGAGCCUGACUGUGGAGAGAUGAUACACAGAAGAGAGAGAACUAGAAGAGGGGGAGGAGGAGGAGGAGGAGGAAGAGGAAGGGGUCUCCCUGAGAAAGGCUCUAAGCAGACAGGGCCUGAGCAGGACGGUCUCUCCCUACUUGAGCCUGGGGAAGGUAUUCAGAUCACUGAGAUGAAAUGGAAAGAAUGUUUCAGAUUCCAAUGGCAGAUGGAUUUCUGCUCAAAUCCCCAGAUAGGGAGAUUUACUAUGUACUGGUGAUUGGGCUGAGGGGAAAGCCUGGUCCCAGAUCUGUUUGUGCUCUUGCCAACUCCAUUGCUGUCAUUGUCAAACCAAGCAUUGAGUUGGUAUGGCAAUUCCUUAAGAAACUAAAUGGAGUUGGUAAAUUGGUAAGAGAGCAGAAAUAGACUGGCAUCCAGGCUAGGGAAAGUCUGGUGAAGGAAGUUACAGAGAAACAGACUGGAAUCCAGGCUACAGAAAGUCAGUUAAACAGGAACAGACUGGAAUCCAGGCUAGGGAAAGUCAGUUAAACAGGAACAGACUGGAAUCCAGGCAAGGGAAAAUAGGUAACACAAAAACUAAAUAGCAUCCAGGCUAGGGAAAGUCAGUUACCCAGAAACAGACUGGUAUCCAAGGAAGUGAGAGUCAGUUAUCAGAAACAGACUGUUAUCCAGGCUAGGGAGAGCCUGAUGAAGGAAGUUACCCAGAAACAGACUGGCAAACUGGCUAGUGAAAGACUGGAAUCCAGGCUAGGGAAAGUCCUUUACCCAGAAACAGACUGUUAUCCAGGCUAGGGAAAGUCAGUUACACAACAACAGAUUUGCAUCCAGGCUAGGGAAAGUAAAUUACCCAGAAGCACUCUAGCAUACACGCUAGGGAAAGUCCCUUACCCAGAAACAGACUGUUAUCCAGGCUAGAGAAAGUCCCUUACCCAGAAACAGACUGGCAUCCAGGCUAGAGAAAGUCCCUUACCCAGAAACAGACUGGCAAUCAGCCCAGGGAAAGUCAGUGACCCAGAAGCAGACUGGUAUCCAAGUAAGUGAGAGUCAGUUAUGAGAAACAGACUAUCCAGGCUAGAGAAGGUGAGUUACACAAAAACAGACUGGCAUCCAGGCUAGGGAAAGUCAGUAACACAAAAAUAAACUGGCAUCCAGGCUAGGGAGAGCCUGGUAAAGAAAUUUACCCAGAAACAGACUGGCAAACAGGCUAGAGAAAGUCAGUUAAAACAGAAACAGACUGGAAUCCAGGCUAGGGAAAGUCAGUUAAACAGAAACAGACUGGAAUCCAGGCUAGGGAAAGUCUGGUGAAGGAAGUUACCCAGAAACAGACUGGAAUCCAGGCUAGGGAAAGUCUGGUGAAGGAAGUUACCCAGAAACAGACUGGAAUCCAGGCUAGGCAAAGCCUGGUGAAGUAAUCUUUACCUCUUAUUUUAUUGUGUGUGAAGUUUCAAACGCAUUCUGUUGUUACUAAAUGUUUAAUGUGAUAGAAAUAAUUAUAAUAAUAACACCAAAAAAACAUUUGAUUAAUAAAAUAUUGAAUCAAUUGUCUUCCUCAAAUGAAGGGGAUGAUGUCACAAUCUUUGCGAGAGGGAAGAAAUCUGAUUUCAUUGGUCCUCAGCUCGUGACUCGUAUACUUAAUUCAGCACAAAUGUAGUUAGCCCUGAGUUAGCCUGCCCCGGAGCAGGUUAGUUCUGAAGGAUUCGUUGCCAUAGAAAUGUACCUGGCUAAAAGAUGAGCCACUUUCAUGGUACCGGUUAUCCUGAGUUGAACUCAGCGUUGACCAAAGUUACCUGACUAACUCCUUAAACCAGCUACGUAGUAUAGGGCUCUGUUCUGUGGCACCAGCUAUGUAGUAUAGGGCUCUGUUCUGUGGCACCAGCUAUGUAGUAUAGGGCUCUGUUCUGUGGCACCAGCUAUGUAGUAUAGAGCUCUGUUCUGUGGCACCAGCUAUGUAGUAUAGAGCUCUGUUCUGUGGCACCAGCUAUGUAGUAUAGAGCUCUGUUCUGUGGCACCAGCUAUGUAGUAUAGAGCUCUGUUCUGUGGCACCAGCUAUGUAGUAUAGAGCUCUGUUCUGUGGCACCAGCUAUGUAGUAUAGAGCUCUGUUCUGUGGCACCAGCUAUGUAGUAUAGAGCUCUGUUCUGUGGCACCAGCUAUGUAGUAGAAGCUCUGUUCUGUGGCACCAGCUAUGUAGUAUAGGGCUCUGUUCUGUGGCACCAGCUAUGUAGUAUAGAGCUCUGUUCUGUGGCACCAGCUAUGUAGUAUAGAGCUCUGUUCUGUGGCACCAGCUAUGUAGUAUAGAGCUCUGUUCUGUGGCACCAGCUAUGUAGUAUAGAGCUCUGUUCUGUGGCACCAGCUAUGUAGUAUAGGGCUCUGUUCUGUGGCACCAGCUAUGUAGUAUAGGGCUCUGUUCUGUGGCACCAGCUAUGUAGUAUAGAGCUCUGUUCUGUGGCACCAGCUAUGUAGUAUAGAGCUCUGUUCUGUGGCACCAGCUAUGUAGUAUAGAGCUCUGUUCUGUGGCACCAGCUAUGUAGUAUAGAGCUCUGUUCUGUGGCACCAGCUAUGUAGUAUAGGGCUCUGUUCUGUGGCACCAGCUAUGUAGUAUAGGGCUCUGUUCUGUGGCACCAGCUAUGUAGUAUAGGGCUCUGUUCUUUGGCACCAGCUAUGUAGUAUAGAGUUCUGUUCUGUGGCACCAGCUAUGUAGUAUAGGGCUCUGUUCUGUGGCACCAGCUAUGUAGUAUAGGGCUCUGUUCUGUGGCACCAGCUAUGUAGUAUAGGGCUCUGUUCUGUGGCACCAGCUAUGUAGUAUAGGGCUCUGUUCUGUGGCACCAGCUAUGUAGUAUAGAGCUCUGUUCUGUGGCACCAGCUAUGUAGUAUAGAGCUCUGUUCUGUGGCACCAGCUAUGUAGUAUAGGGCUCUGUUCUGUGGCACCAGCUAUGUAGUAUAGGGCUCUGUUCUGUGGCACCAGCUAUGUAGUAUAGGGCUCUGUUCUGUGGCACCAGCUAUGUAGUAUAGAGUUCUGUUCUGUGGCACCAGCUAUGUAGUAUAGGGCUCUGUUCUGUGGCACCAGCUAUGUAGUAUAGGGCUCUGUUCUGUGGCACCAGCUAUGUAGUAUAGGGCUCUGUUCUGUGACACCAGCUAUGUAGUAUAGGGCUCUGUUCUGUGGCACCAGCUAUGUAGUAUAGAGCUCUGUUCUGUGGCACCAGCUAUGUAGUAUAGAGCUCUGUUCUGUGGCACCAGCUAUGUAGUAUAGGGCUCUGUUCUGUGGCACCAGCUAUGUAGUAGAGAGCUCUGUUCUGUGGCACCAGCUAUGUAGUAUAGGGCUCUGUUCUGUGGCACCAGCUAUGUAGUAUAGAGCUCUGUUCUGUGGCACCAGCUAUGUAGUAUAGGGCUCUGUUCUGUGGCACCAGCUAUGUAGUAUAGGGCUCUGUUCUGUGGCACCAGCUAUGUAGUAUAGGGCUCUGUUCUGUGGCACCAGCUAUGUAGUAUAGGGCUCUGUUCUGUGGCACCAGCUAUGUAGUAUAGGGCUCUGUUCUGUGGCACCAGCUAUGUAGUAUAGAGCUCUGUUCUGUGGCACCAGCUAUGUAGUAUAGAGCUCUGUUCUGUGGCACCAGCUAUGUAGUAUAGAGCUCUGUUCUGUGGCACCAGCUAUGUAGUAUAGGGCUCUGUUCUGUGGCACCAGCUAUGUAGUAUAGGGCUCUGUUCUGUGGCACCAGCUAUGUAGUAUAGAGCUCUGUUCUGUGGCACCAGCUAUGUAGUAUAGAGCUCUGUUCUGUGGCACCAGCUAUGUAGUAUAGGGCUCUGUUCUGUGGCACCAGCUAUGUAGUAUAGAGCUCUGUUCUGUGGCAUACCAUAAGGCUUCACUAUGACCUUCAGGUAAAAACGUUGCACUCAAUAAAAACUGCAGGAGCAUUCAACAGUGUGCAGGGAUCCAUCUUUCUUUCACUAUUCUGAUACUUCCAUUCCUCCUCCAGAGCAUGCUGUCCCCCUGGCUGUAUUUGCCCCCCUGGCUGGUCGGCUGAGAGGCCCAGGCAAACAGAGCUCCAUGGCCAUCUACAAAGACAGAUCUGACGUCCAUGCCCCCUGGGACCCCUCCGAUCCUGGGAGGGCCAUGGUCAGAGGCAGCCUACCCCUGGAGCUCAGG